UGAUUUUGUACCCUUAUUUACGAAAGUGCACUACUCAAGGAACUUUACUAAACUUCUACCAAGUCAUCUCCUUCUCUCUGUUAUGAUCUGAUGAAAAAAUGCGCAUCAACUGUUCGACGAAAUGCCUGAAAGGAGAGUUGCUUUCUGAGACGAGUACUGACCUCCGGAGACUUGUCUUUAAAGGAGAAAAUUCAAAGCAGAAGAAUUGGCAACGGUUACUAAAAACAGGUUUAACUUUUUUAGUAAUUUCGUAGUCUAUAUAUGUUUUGUUCAUGGCUUUUAAAUUCGUAGCUGUCUUUACAAAAAUGUACUUUAUAAUAGAUUGUAAAAUCCUGAGACUUUCUUUCUAUAUUGCAAAAUGCAGGUAGUCAAUGAUAAAGUUGUGUGGUUAUUGUGAUAAAUAAUCUAUGAAUUCAGAUAAGUGGAAGAACUAGUCUAGUUUUACUUAUUCAGGUUGCCACAAAACUUAUUUGUCAAUGAAGUUUUAUUCAUAGUAAUGCGUUCUUGUUGUUUACAUCAAACUUAGAAUUCUUCAAACCCCUUUAAACAAUAAUUUGUAGAUAGAUUAUCAUCUCACACUCAAAGCCACAUAUUGAAAUGCUAACAUCAGAUAAUCUUUAUAAACAAAUGGUUUUUUUUUGUCAUACUUAGAUUCCAAAUCUUAGAUUCAAUGUCUGAAACAGACAGAUGGUGAGAUGAUCUCUUCAGAUGCUAUUGCCAUUCACUGAUGGAAACUGUGCAGGUGAAACCAAAUACCCUGCGAUAUGGUAAAAAGGAUUUGGUGGAAAGGGAAAGAAAGAGACAAAUGCUUUUGUCAUGCUUACCACCUUUAUCCGUUGAAAAAUCUUUUCUCCACCGCAGACCCAGAAAAAUAAUAAUAUUGUUUUCUUUUAACCUUUUUGUUGUCUUCUUAUAAAGAGAUGUAAAACACACAAAUACAUUCAGAUUUGAGCUUUCUUCUUAUAUCUUCGAGGGGGACCAGAGAAUCCAAAAAUAUAUUGGUUCAACUUCUCUUGAAAAGUGAAAUACUUUUGAUUUUUCUGAAAUUUGAAUGAUUCUGGUGUUUGUUAGCCAACCAACAUGCUCAGCUUCCAAGAAGAAUGGAUGCUUACAAUUGUAUCGUCAUAAUCUUCUGCAUCGCCUUGUUUGCAAUCAAUCUAGUGUUUUCAUGUUUCACUUGCUUCUCCAUUCUCCACAGAUUCAUGACAGAGGAAAAGGAGGAUUUGAGUGAUCUCAGGAAGAAUCUUCUCGAACCAGAAGAAGCCAAACCGGAUGAGAAGGUAAUGAUCAUUACAGUCUCGAGUAGCCAAGGAUUCUCAGACUCCAUCGAUGAUGAUUGUGGCCAAGAUUGCUCUCAUGAGGAUAUUUGUGCUUGUUAAAAGAAAAAGUUUAGGUUUAUGUUUCUUUGGAGGCUGAGAAUUAAAGGUUCCCACUUAGACAGGGAAAAGAAGAAGAGAAAACAAAUCCCCACUCAGAGAAAGUAAUAUAAAAGCUUAACAACUAAGUUGUUAGUUGACAAAAGUGACAAUUUAACAAAAAAAAAAUCAAGGACAACGAAUUGCUAAUAGUGACAUAUUUCUGGAAAAAAAAAUCUCUUUUUGUAUUUGUUUUUUCUCAUGAACUUAAAAUAAGGAAAAUGAUUGAUUUAGUUAGAAGUUAGAUCUCACUAAUAAAGAAGAUUAGUUUAAUUUCAUCCACGAACUCGAAGCUUCGAUGGAUGCAUUUAAGAUUUUUAUACCCUAACCACACCACAUGUUCACUUAAUAAUUUUUCCAAACUUUAUAAUUAAAAUGAAUAAACAGAGUAAUUGUACAAAUGUCAGU